UCCUGCCUCAAUACGGGUUUUCUGAAAAAAAUAAUUUUUUUAUUAGAAAAAUGUAUAAUUUUAGUUAAUUUUUAAUAAUUUAAGGUUGUUUGAAGGAAAUAGAGACGUCAAAGGAGGCUUAAAAUGGCAUUCGUCGUACGAUGGGCGAAGACAAUAAGAAAUAAUUGGAAGAAAUCGACUUUUGCUGCAUGUGCCCUCGCAUACGGAGUCUCUUAUGCAAAGGAUAAAUAUGAAAUCAACAACUUAAUGCGCGAAUAUUGCGAAGAGGCAAAAAUCUACGGCGAUCAACUUCUUCCAAUACCGCACGAGCCAAAACGCGUCAUUGUCAUCCUCAACCCAGCUGCCAACAAAAAGAAGGCAAAGGAAACUUUCGAAUCGUACGCCGAACCAAUUCUCCAUUUGGGCGGAUUUCUCGUCGAAAUUGUCAAAACUGACUCUGAAGGUCAUGCUCGUCGUUACGUCGAAGACUUACCGAAACUCCCGAGCGCCAUUCUCGUUGCGGGCGGCGAAGGAACUCUCUCCGAAGCUGUCACGGGUUUAUGUCGUCGUGCGCCUCACGAACGUUGCCCGAUCGGCGUCUUGCCCGUAGGUCGAACCAACUCCGUGGCGAAAAAAAUCUUCAAUGUCGUGAAUCCGAGCAAAGUUCAGAACGUCGAGGCUUUGGCAAAUGCGGCAAUUUCUGUCGUACGCGAGCAAGUCGAACCACGUGACACCAUGAAAAUCGAAAUAAUCGAUCAGGAAACGCAACCAAAGCCCGUUUACGCUGUUGGGUCGCUCAAAUGGGGCGCUUUUCGUGACAUCAUGAGCAAACGUGACAAAUAUUGGUAUUUUGGCGGCUUACGAGACUAUUCAGCAUUUUUGUUCAAUGCAUUUAGCGAUGACAUCACGUGGCAGUGCAAAGCUUCUCUCGAAUUCACAGACCCAUGCAGCGGAUGUCGCAAUUGUCGCGUGAAUUUCCAACCUCCGAAGCCGCAAAACAAACGUUGGUGGAGUAUUUUUGUGCCCCGAUCGAAGCCCGUGAUUGUCGGACCCGAUUUUUCCAAAAUUGAAAACCCAAAUUGCUCCGUGACGCAUCAACUUGAAGUUGCGCCGACAGAAUUUGAAGUCAUAACGCGAAAUUUGGAAGAUGACGAUGCGAAAUUACCUCAUUUGAAGAUCCAGUUGGGCAAAGAAGGCGAAGAAGGAUUCACUUUUAUGACAAAUUCGUGGUCCAGAGUAUGGAAUCGCCUUCCGUUGACGCCAGAAAAGACAAUUGAUGCGAGAUCUGUCGUUAUUCGACCCGCUGUCGAGAGUACGGAAGACAAGGAAUUGUAUUAUUCGAUCGACAACGAGAAUUACGAAGUGAAACCUAUUAGAGUUAGUGUCGAACCAGAUGCUAUUAACAUGUAUGUCAUGAAAAAAACGUCGUCGUAGGUAGCUAAAAGUGAUAAAAAAAAUAAAAUUUUUUAACAAUU